AUGUUACCACAACUUGUUCUCCCAGACCGAAAACCCGUUCCAACACCCUCCAAAUCCGUUCCGUUGUCGAUUCCUCGGUUGGCUGUUACGACUACAGGAGGAUUAACGCAAGCAAAGCAGUGGGUCCAAAAUGCUCAAGCGUGGUCUUUGGGGUCCGAAGAGACCAGCCAAGACGAAAAGAAUCAAGAGCCGAUAAUAACAACAACGAGUUCGACACCGAGACGGUAUCGACAACGAUCCGUAAGUGACGGACAAGAAGUAACGCGAGUCAAAACCUCAUUAUGGUCCAUCGAAACCAACGGAACAACCCCAACAACGACACAUGGUCCAAAACAAGAUACAUUGAGUGUAACCUCUGACAAACCUCGUCGAGCAUCAUUGGCAUUCGGAGAGGGGGAGAGUAUCGGCAGACGAGUCCAACAAAGGCAGCGUACUCGGUCUCAAUCCCCAUUUGAUGUAAAUAAGGAACUACGCAUGGAAACGAGUAGUACGACGAUUACGAGGGGGUCGCAGUCGCCUUUGGAUAGUACCGGGUCAUUAGGUUCAAGAUUUUUUGAUCCGUUGAAACGGAUUCGAAAGGGGUCGAUAGUGUCGUCGUCAACCACCGCCGAAGAAGACGAAGAAGAACAAGAGCAGGAAUUAUCAAGUAAUGGGUCCUUAUUAACGGAUAAUGGAUCCCCACGUACAUCCAUCCAAAGACGCCGAAUGUCAACAUCAGAUGAAUCCAAAUUGUGUCCGACACCACCAGAUUCAUCUCCACGAACAGAUCCACGACGGAGGAGGGCGUCCUUGUCAUCGGGGGAUUCAACCGAGUUUAGACGGAUCAUGAAAAAUCGGGGAAUGGGGAAUUUGGAUGUUGAUCAAGUACUUCAAGGGAAAUUUGACGCCAAGCCUGAACUACUACUAAGUAAACUCCAACAAGCCAUGACGCCCAAACAACUCAAUGUUAAAACAUUGGAUGGUGAAGGAACGGAUCAAUUGACGCCUAUAAAGGAUUCCGCAAGUUUUGGUCCCGUUCGACGAAAUCGGCGCAUGUCUAUUACGCAUUUUGAGGAAAAGGAUAUAAAAGCCGUUACGAAUGCCAAUAGUUUACCAACGACACGCCAAACCGCUGCGCAGCGAUGGUCAUUCGCCAUUACAUCCGUCAAAAAACUCUUGUUAUCCACAUUACUUUUUCGGAGGAACAAUACCGAUUCGGAAACGACUAGUGCGUCGAAUAUGCUUGCAGCAAUUACACAGACCGAAGGUGUACUAGCCGGAUGUCGAUUAGAACGACUACUAGAAACCCCGUCAUUACAACGAAGUCAAACCCAAGAACGCGCAUUGGAUAUCGUGUUAUGCCACAUGAAUGGUUACGCAAGGUUUCCACCAGGAGUAAGAAAACGGCUAAGUAGAGCCAUAACACUCGUUUCCGUCCCACCUCACAAACUCGUGAUAAAAUCCGCGUAUCAACCUCUUUUUGUUUAUUUCUUGUUAUCGGGGAUAUGCAUCGCAACGAACGAAUCCGGUACGACAACAUAUAAACCCGGUGACUUGUUUGGUGAGUUUCCUAUUACGGCGCCUCAGUGUGUGCGGACGUGUACGGUUGAGACCGUCACGGCGUGUACAUUGGUCAGUGUACCCCGUGAUGACUAUAUCCGGGCAUUGACAGAGGAAGGAGGGGAAGAGGAAGAGAGUAUGGAGGGGUUCGUGAGGUCUUGUAAGGGGUUUGAAGGGGCGGCAGAGGACGUCGUGAAUAGAGUUGCGGGGACGGGGAAUGUGGUGAGGUAUGAAGCGGGGAGUGUGGUCGUUCCGCCAGAUGAGAGGAAGAUGGUGUGUUUUUUAGUGAGGGGGCGAUGUAGGGCCAUGAGAGUCGUUCCAUUUGUAGAAUGGUCUGCAGCAGUCGAUGGACAUGUCUCCUUGGACAUUUCUGCUGCAAAUCAUAAAACGACUACUACUACUACCAUGACUGGACAACGACGAGGACAAGGUACUUUAUCGGCCUUCCGACGCAAUUCAGCAACAGUCGUGUCACCGUAUAUCCCCGGUUCAGCCCCCCUAGAUCAUAAAGAAACACUUGUUCACGAAACCCUCGUGUUGGGUGACUUGGAACCUAAAUCUUAUUUCCCCCCUCUCCGGCUCUUACGCUCCGAAGCAACCGAUAUGAGAAUCCAACAUGUCUCCGCAACCAAAAUCGAGCUUCUUCGAACGGCCGUGGUGGGGCAAUAUGAUCCGUCUCAUUCGGAAAGUAUGGCUGAAACGGCUUCACAGGCGUUUGAGAGGGAAACGUUUGCCGCUGGAUUUGGAAUCACUGUUACGGCUCUUACACCUGUUGAAGUACUCUGUUUUCCAAAGGUUGUGUUUUUGCAAAUUGUGGAUGUUGCUACCCUCAAGAGUCUAGUAGAUCCCAUCAAUGAAGGUGUAUUGGGUAUCCCUGUACACGAAUUGCAAGUCAAGUACCUAGAAACAUUGGCAUGGGAUGAACACCGAAAGAGCAUCGUAGCAGAAUACUCUAGUGAGAAACGUUAAAAAACAGUCGAAUAGGUUUUGCGGUAGCACAUAUCUAGUACAAGAGUACAGUUUUAGCAUCUAUCAUGUAUUGUUCAGUUUCCUGCAUCUAUCAUGUAUUGUUCAGUUUCAUGUACAGUAUCAUAAAAAACCUCCUCAAUCA